UACUAGUUCGCGUUUACUAUUACUACUACUUUGUUGUUUUAUCAGAAUUAUUGAGAUAGGGGUCUUCUGUUUAUACCGGAGUGUGUGAAUAGAACAAGCACUUUGGUUCCUUUCAGUUUUUGUUGCGUUCUCUUCUGCGUUUCAGGGCAUAUAUUUAUUAUUAUGUAAACAACCCAUUACGUUAUCUGCUUUUGUGUGUUUUCGAUUGGUUUAAGCCAUGCCUUCCUGGAACACAGGUUUUCUUUCUUGGUCUGAGAAUUUCUGUAACUCUUUUCAGGAUUUGUCAAGCUGGAGAUUGGAGAAUUCUGCAAAUGCUAGUCAUUCUUUGUCAUCCAUUGACCUUCCAUUGAUAGAACCCAGGAAUAAAGAGUGCAGAAUGAGGGAAGUCCAGCUCGGUUCACAUACUGUAAGGUCCCAUGGUGUCAAAGUUGCAAGGACACAUAUGCAUGAUUGGCUUAUACUACUCUUGCUCGUGGUGAUAGAGGUUGUCCUCUAUAUCAUUCAUCCAUUUUAUCGCUUUGUUGGGAAGGAUAUGAUGGAGGACCUAAAAUACCCCUUAAAGAGUAACACGGUGCCUGGUUGGGCUGUCCCGGUGUAUGCAGUUCUGUUGCCAAUGAUGAUUUUUCUCCUUGUGUACAUCCGUAGGAGGGAUGUCUAUGAUCUUCAUCAUGCCAUACUAGGCCUCUUAUUCUCUGUUCUAGUGACAGCGGUUAUCACAGAAUCAAUUAAAAAUGCAGUUGGCCGACCUCGGCCAGACUUUUUUUGGCGCUGUUUUCCAGAUGGAAAGGAUGCUUAUGAUAAAUGGGGAAAUGUCAUCUGUCAUGGUGAUAAAAGUGUCAUUAAGGAAGGGCAUAAAAGCUUUCCUAGUGGGCAUACCUCAGGGUCGUUUGCGGGUCUGGGUUUUCUUUCACUAUAUUUGUCUGGAAAAGUCAAAGCAUUUGACCACAGAGGACAUGUUGCAAAACUAUGCAUUGUCUUCCUUCCUCUAUUGGUUGCAUCGCUUGUGGGCAUUUCUCGAGUGGAUGAUUAUUGGCACCAUUGGCAGGAUGUCUUUGCUGGAGGUCUCCUAGGGCUUGUAGUUGCUACAUUUUGCUAUUUGCAGUUCUUCCCGCCACCUUAUCAGGCUGAUGGUUGGGGUCCAUACGCUUAUUUUCAGGUAUUGGAGGAGUCACUUGUAAGUACACAAGCAACCAAUGUUGAGAAUCAACAAGAUGCAACAGCCGAGGAGGUUCAGAUGGCAAACCAAGAAGAAGAAAGAAGUGAUAAUGUGGGAAUGCAUUUAGCAUGCAAUGCUAGUUCAACGCUGGAAGAUAUGGAAUCUGGGAAGAGGUAGCUUUGUUAAUUUCUUAUUCCUAAGAUUAGGAAUCUGUAUAUGCACGUAUCUCAUGAGCUGCAGAGUUUUGAACGUGUUUUGAGCAGUUUGAGAUCUUGCUGGAACAUUAUCGUAAGUUGUGUAGGUAGCUAACAGCACUGCUGUUAGGGAGCGGAGUUUACCUUUGAAUAGUUAGAAAGUUUGUUAACCAAAACCCUCCAUUUCUCAUAUCAAGAUGUUUAAAGAGAGCUAAUAAAAGUGUCUGAACAAAUAUUAACGGAGAAAAUUAAUUGAUCUAUUUUAACUAA